UCAAUCAAUAACUUCACGCGGAUUUCCUGUUGCAUUUUUGUUCCUUUGUUGCGAUUGAUAUCUGCUAUCCAGAGCAGUCCAAUGAAUUGUAUAAGUUGUGACUUACCAACAGCGAAAUUACGAAUCGAGCAGUGCUUGUAAACGUACAAUGUUCAGAAAAAUCGUUUUCCACCGUUUAUUACGCGGUCAGCAAGGAUUUAAGCUGCAAUUUUUCGUCUCGAUCGCUGUUUUGGUGUUACUGUGCGUCUACCUAUUUUCCCUGCUAACAGAAGUGACGUAUAACAAAAGAGCAACAGAUACUGAAUCGGGCUGGCAGAAAAAGCCUUUGUCGUCGUUGGUAACUGUUGUGUUUCGGCAGUUCGAGGAAGCGGAUAAUGAUGUUGCCGACAGCGUCCUGUCGUUCGUAUCGGCCUUCCCGGAUAUGCAGGUGCUGGUCGUGUGCGAGAGGAGUCCGUACCCCCCGAUCGAGCUUCCCCCUACCAACAGCUCUUAUAGAAACGUAAAGAUCUUGUCUCUCGACUACGAAAUCGAUUCCUGCCCGUACACCUCGAGUCCAUUGAGUCCGUUUAAUAUCGAAACAGAGUAUACACUUUUUGUGCCCGAUUCAGUUCGGGUAAAACCACGGGUCUUGCAUCAAGCUGUGAUUGAAGCCAACGCCAAUCCUUUACAUGUCAUAGCAAUUGGAAUCGGUUUCCAUGAGAUCAAAUGUCAAAGAAUCUGCUGGAACUACCGAGACUGGACGCUGAAGUAUACUAAGGAUCCAACAGGAACGAUUUGCGACGCCGUCACAGGUCCACAUGCGCUAUUAAUUAAAACUGAAUAUCUGUCAAAGGUGCCAGAUCCGAUUGCAUUGCCGUUUCCAGAAUCAUUAUAUUUGCAGACAUAUGUGAAGAUGGCCAAGGUACAAGUACUCUAUCAUACAUUUGGACCGGGACGUAAAGUCUUAAAAACAUUGCCAGAAAAACAAAUAGUUGCUGAAAAAGUGAAAGAGCAGAGGUCGACAUUCUAUAAGAAAUAUAAAAUGAAGAUUGUUGUCGGAGAAGAUGGAACAGUACACGAAUAUGGAUGUGCUAAAGAUACACCGAGAUGUUUUCCAACAGUCAAAGGCAAACCUUCCUACGUCUACUCGGAUAAACACACUCCACCUUGCUGUCUCCGAAAUAUGCGUGAAGUUACGAAACACGUUCUGGAUGUACUGGAGCAAGCUGGUGUCAGAUGCUGGCUGGAAACAUCAUCUCUGCUUGGAGCUGUGGUAGAUGGAAAUGUCCUAGUCUGGGCAGAUCAUGUUGAGUUGGGGAUUUACUCUUCAGACAUAGAUCGCGUACCGUAUUUGCAACGAGGUGGGACUGACGCUGACGGUUUUGUGUGGGAACGCGCCACAAAAGGGCAUUAUUACAGCGUUUCACUCUCGGCGAUUAACAAAGCGAAUGUAUUGAUUCUACCGUUCACAUCACAAAACGGUACCAUGUGGCCUGCCGACUGGGUCCUGGCGCACCAAAGGGAGUUUCCGGAACGCCAUUUGCAUCCACUUGCCCAGAUACCCUUCGCCUACGUACAAGCACCGGCUCCUAACGAUGCACACGCUUUCCUGGACCUAAAAUUGGGGCCGAAUGCUGUCGAAAAAUAUAAAAAACUUGGAGCGAAACUUCUCUAUCCUUAAAUUGUAGUCGAUCUAACUGUCUUAUUUUUAAAUGGAACUGUUUAGAUGUCGCGCUAUUACAAUUUAUUAGAUAGAACAGUAAGUUCGGGAAAAUAUCUGAACUGGCGAUUAGGGGGAUAUUUAAUGUAUUGCAUUUAUGAGAGAGAAAACAACAGUGUUACGUUUCUAAAAGCACAUUGGCAUUUCAUAUUCUUUUUAAAAAUAAGACAUUAAUUUUAUGUAUCGUAAUGUCUUCAUGUUUUAAUUACGUCCCUGUGAUAUUGAAACGCUUAUAUAUUUUUUCCUAUGAUAAUUUUGUAUGUUUGUAAAAUCUAAAUUUAUUUAAAUGUAAGACCCUGUUGACGUAUGUUUUUUUUUAAGUUACUCUAGAUCGGAAAAUGAGGUUGGCCUUUUAAUUAAAUAUAAGUGGUGUUGUAAACGCUUAACGUGCUAUUUGAUUGAAAUGAUCAAUAAGUAGGUUGUGCCUCCUUAGCGCCUCUCUCUGUCAUAUCCUGUUAGCACAAAAACUCUAUUGAAUAUUUCAAUUAAAAUAGUUUUUAAGGUAUUAAAAAAAAAAAAAAGGACGUUUGAAACGGUCUCAAUUUGUGACGCUAAGAAUGAAUGUAUGUUGUGAUCUUAGAAUUUGUGGCGAAGUGGAAAAUGUUUGUGAUUAAUAUAUAUUUCGAUUUAUUGAAGCAUUUACUUUAGAGUUAAGCUAAUAUAUAUUUUUAUGUAACUUAUUUUGUGAUAUCUUUAUGACUUUUUUACUUGGAACUAUCUUCUUUGUCGAGUAGGACAUUCUAGAAUAGUCGUUGAUAGAAUUAAAAUGUGCGACAAUCUAAAGAAUUUAUUCUAUAAUAGCAGUAUUGAGCAUUUUAAAUACUCUUAUACAAUAUUCGUCGAAAGUAGAUUCAACUAAAGUAGGUUCGUAGAAAAACUCAAUGUUUAGAGAUUGCAUGAUCAGUAUUUUAAAAAAUAAGAAAGAUAAACCAUCAAAUAUAUUUACCUAAAGUAGAUUAAUACGUGUUUAAAUAAAAAUAUGUUUAGAAUGAAGAAGAGAAAGAAAAUAUGUGUUUAUUAGAAUUUAUGGAUGUAAUAUUUUAGGUGAAGUUUGUCCUAAGAGCGUAUUACUUAUGCAGUCGCUGAAAAGCGAAGAGAUUUCGAAAAGUUUGCAAAGCCACGUGGAAACAACACACACAGAAAUCUGUUAUUGUCUGUGCUGAUCAAAAAUAUAUCGAAUGUAUAAAAUCCGAGACAAUCCACGGUUGUUGAAUGGAAACGAAUUCAAAGGGUUAAGUUAGGACAUUCUGUGUAGUUAAAACUGUUCAAAUAAAAUAAA